AUAAGUGCGUGUAUGAUACUUUUACUUCUUAUCAUUUUAAGCCAAAAAAAGAGAUCCUUGUUGGUUUGACUUUCAGGAUGAUGAGUGUCAUGGCAGCACUGUGUGUGAACAUGUUGAGAACCAACAUGUUACUGAGUAUCUUCAUUCUUUCAGGCGCUCUGGCUGCUUGUCCUGAGGAUUCAGCUUUACUCGUCACUACACCAGAGCAGAUGGAAGCACUGAGUGGAUCUUGUCUCCAAAUCCCAUGUAACUUUAGAGCUAAACCAGAAAAGGCUUUUAAUGGGAGAAGAGCAGUUGCUGGAGUGUGGAUUAAAAGUGACAGUAGACUUUUAAUAGAUCCAAACAAUGUGAUCUACAACAGUAGUGGAGCAGUUAGCAUCUAUCCAAUGAGAAUUACUGGGAACCUGAGUCAGAGAGACUGCACCACUCUGUUUUCUGAUUUAUCCACCAAGUACACAGACACAUACUUCUUCAGAGUAGAGAGUGAACCAUUCAAGGCGACAGCUUACUGUGAUCAUCUUCAAAUUACAGUUAGAGAUUCUCCUUGGAGGCCCAAUAUUACAAUCUCAGGUGAUCUGAAGGAGAAGGAGUCUGUCACUAUAACCUGCUCAGCUCUCACUCCCUGUCCACACUCCCCUCCUCAACUCACCUGGAAUCUCCAACAAGACUCUCACAACAAAAUAGAGGAAAACACAGAUGGAAGCUUUACAACUAAAAUUCAGCAGAACAUCACUCUGUCAGACACACAUGAUGGAAAGAAGAUCAGCUGCUCUGCCAGAUAUCCUGUGAACCAAGGAAAAGACACCAAGACAGCAGAGACAGAAGAAACUCUCAAUGUUUCAUAUCCUCCCAGGCUGAUCAGUCCCACUGGUCCUGUAUCAGUGGGCAGCAUGGUGACUCUAACCUGUUCCUGCCAGGCAAACCCUCCUGUUGACAGCUAUGUCUGGUUCAUGACCAGUGGUGAUAAACUGGAGAUGAUCAAAGCUGACACAAAGGUUUACAGCUUUGAGGUGACCAAACUCGAUCGAGACAAAUUGUUUUACUGCAGCUGCGGGAAUCAUCUGGACAUCCAGAUAUCAGCAGGCAGUCAGCUGCUGUUUGAAGGUGAUGAACACUGGGGGAAAAUGACUGUAAUGAAGACUGUGGGAAUCAUAAUACUUGUCAGCACACUGGUCAUCUUUGAGUGCUGGUUUAGAUCGAGACGUCCCAACAAAGCAGAGGCAGAAAGAUAAGCAGAGCUUAUAGUCUAACAACUAAAGUGUCUGCAAGUCUCAUGAGGAAGUAUAACCUAAGGAAGUAAAAACUUAAAACAUCCCUGCAUUUACUGCCACGGUUAGCAAGAAACGAAAACUUGUACAAGUUUCUAAAAUUCUCUGUUGUUUUAAUGGUAGUACAGAAGAAAGGUGUAAAUACUAGUGUCCUCACCAAAGAAAGCCAAAUAGACUGAAUGUAUCCAUAAAUUAAUGAGAUGUUAUUGUGAUGAGUGAUGUUUGGAGUUAAGACAAAAGGAAACUGCUACUGUUACUUUUUUGUAACUUUCUGUUGGAUCACCUAACGAAACCUGAGCUAGCUGUAUUUUAAUGAGUGUUGGACAUUUUUAUUUCAAGUGUUGGAAAUAAAAAAAAUAAAAAAA